AUAUUCAUUAUGAAGUGCGCAAUUGAUAAAGAUGGUCGUAUGCAAGCAGUUUCAAAGUGGCUCCUGCGAAUUUGGUUCAAAAUGCAUCAUGGAGCACAUAGAUCUCAAGAAAGGGGUCGCCGAGCAAGUGAAAGAGUACUUGAAAGGCGGGGCGUGGUGCCUAUCUGCAUUCGGACCCUUCAGUGGCAGGGGCAACUUUCCCAACCACACCGAGGAUCAAUCAUUUGAGGAAUGUCGUUUGCAGCAUUACAUGGCUAAACGACAAGAUCGCCUCACUAAUUAUGAGUUUCAGUAUGCUCGCGAAGUUAGAUUGGCCACCAUGAAAACGGCCAAUUUGCUUAAGAUGUCGCCCCAGAUACUGGAUACAUUGAUCGAAAUCUACGAACAGCCAAAUAGUUGCUCAGUCGGUUCCACCUUCAUAAAGUCCGACUCAACAAGAUUGAUUGCCAAAGCCAACAGGAUCAAGCCGAAGACUUCGCACCAGGAAAAAUGCCAAGUUCAGCCUCAAAGCCUCCCAGGUUUUCAAACCAACUCGAAUGCUACCUCUGGAAACGCGAUUAUGGGGUCUUUUGGCGAGACACCAAGUGCUCUUAAGGCACCCCAGCAGAAGCCCGCUUUUCCAGUCUGCAACAUCAAACAGCAGUUCCAGCCGCUGCCAACAGUAUUCACUUUCGGGGCAACCCCAUGUCCACUCAGCUGCACUGCUGGAUUCGGGGCAGACAAUUCGAGCGCUCGCUUUGGAAAUAUAGCCUUGGGUCAAACCAAGACUAACCAAGGAAAAGUUUUUGAAAAAAGCCACAUUUUUGGAUUGACUAAGGACGAAAAGAAGAAGUUCGCCAAGCUGCCACCUGAACCACAGAAGAUCAUGGAGUAUUUAGACAAGCAUGUGGUGGGUCAGGAAUUCGCCAAAAAGGUGCUGUCGGUGGCAGUCUAUAACCACUACAAGCGCAUCCACCACAACCUGUCACAGAGAGAGCAGACAGCCGACAACGCCGCAGAAACUCUGUCGCUCUGCCAGUUAAACAUCUCUGGUGACAUAUCUACGCUCAACAGCGCAUCGCAGGAAAAGGAUUUGAUCGAUUUUGGAAGCGAACAAGAAUCGAGCACGUUCAACUGGAAAUUUCCAGGUGUUCAGUCAAACGACGUUGAGCUGGAGAAGAGCAACAUCAUGAUGCUGGCCCCAACGGGAUCGGGAAAGACGCUUAUCGCUAAGAGCAUUGCCAAGUGCCUGGACGUACCCUUCGCUAUAUGUGACUGCACCACCUUGAUGCAGGCGGACUACGUGGGCGGGGACAUCGAGAGCGUCCUCUUAAAGCUGCUCCAAGAUGCAAACAACGACGUAGAGCGCGCCCAAACUGGCAUUGUUUACUUGGACGAGGUGGACCAGAUCUGUGCUCUCUCUGGAUCCAAGGGCAUCCAACAGGGCAUGCUUAAGAUGCUGGAAGGCAGCGUGGUUAGCCUAACCAACCGGGGUCAACUGUUCGGCAAGGCGGUCCAAUUGGACACCACAAACAUUCUGUUCGUGGCCUCCGGCGCCUUCACAGGCCUGGAUAAGAUCAUCGAGCGACGCAUCAACGAGAAGAAUUCUGACGUCACUUCAACCGGCGAAGCUGGUCCCCCAAACGCACACCAGGAGCGGGAUAAGUGCCUGAUCAAAGUGCAGGCAUGCGACCUAGCUAAGUUCGGCAUGAUACCGGAGUUGGUUGGUCAUUUCCCGAUAAUAGUGCCCUUCCACAGUUUGGAUGCCUAUAUGCUGUUUCGCAUUCUUACCGAACCGCCCAAUGCUCUAGUGUCGCAGUACAAGGCAAUGUUGCGCUUGGAUGGUGUGGAGCUUACAUUUUCCCACGACGCCUUAAUAUCGGUGGCCCAGCUGGCCAUGAAGGGAAACAUGGGAGCUCGCGGAUUGCGCCCCAUAAUGGAGCAACUGCUGCUAGAUCCCAUGUUCUUAGUGCCUGGCUCGGACAUUCGGGGCGUUCACAUAACCGCCGACAAUGUUAUGGGUAAGGCCAAACCCAAAUAUCGACGAGCUAGGGACAAGACGCCUUCCAAGUCCAAUGUUAUGGAUCACCCAGCUGCCGUGUCCAGUACAACGGACAAACCAGUGGCUUAAUCUUUAAUAUAUUCCAGUUAUUCAGUUUAUAUAAACACUUUGUGAAUUUAUUAGAAUUAACACAAUAAAAAUAAUUAAACACAAAUCUUAAA